AUGCUGUCAGCCGACGCCUUGGCCCGAACGGUCGCACUUACUGUACCAACACGGGCCAAUCCCGAUAUAUUUGAGUGUGGCAGCUACAUCGAUUCACCGCGGAUCUUGAGUAGGCUUGCAUGACCCGGCUUUCUUCCCACGACCAUCAGAGUCACAGUGUCCCUUCAGCUUAGACGAGCCGCUGCCAGGCAAUUUGUCAACCGUGUUCGCAGUCUGAAUUCUCAAGGUGUCGAUUAA